GUAAAUGCAAACCACACAAAGGAAUCAGUGAAUCACCGUGGUCGACACUAGAGACGCCGAGACGUUUUCUCUAGAAGCUUCUGUGAUUUGAAUUCAGUGGAGACUGGAUACUGCAAAUUCUUCUUUUCUUCUUCCCGAUCGUGAUUUCUUGGCGUUUUUUCUGCAACCACUCUCCUUCGCAGAGUAAUCCGUUAUCGAUUCUUGGUUAAGCUCGACUACUUCUUCUGUUACCCGAGUGGUGUGUAUGGCAUAUGCUUGCACAAAUCAUAGGCGUGCUCUUGUACCAGGUCCUCAGUUCUUUGAUCUUCAAACAGCGAUUCCUGCUCCCCUCGGGUUUCCCCCUGGAUCUUUUGGUGUUGUGAACCCUAAUUUACGUCCGGUGGUGCCCCAGAUUGAGGUUUUGGUUCCAGUCACUCCUCCUGCUGUUGCUCCGUUUCGAUUUACAGUGAAUCCUGCUAUUUUGAUGCGUAUGGACGAGGAAAGGACACAGUCUCUGCUUCAGUUCAUGGCAAAUGACGGACUCGUUCCGUCUGCCGAAGAGGAAUCGAAGAGGACAGAAGUUAUUGCUAAUCUUAAGCAGAUACUGUUGGCGUGGAUAAAGAAGGUAGCAUGGCAGCGUCGAUUUCCUAGGCGUCUUAUCUCGAGCACUUCUGCAACAAUAUUAACCUAUGGAUCCUAUGGCCUGGGUGUUCAUGGGUCGGAGUCAGAUGUUGAUGCUUUAUGUGUUGGCCCUUCGUUUGCCACCAUGAAUGAAGAUUUUUUUAUUGUUUUGCGCAACAUGCUUCAAAACAGGCCUGAAGUCUCGGAGAUCCACUGUGUUAAGGAUGCUAAAGUUCCCUUAAUGCGAUUUAAAUUCAAUGGGAUCUCAGUUGAUCUCCCAUAUGCAAAGCUUAAAGUAAAUUCUGUUCCCGAAGAUCUGGACAUUCUGAACCCUUUCUUCUUAAUGAACAUUGACGACACCAGUUGGAGAAGCUUGUCUGGAGUCCGGGCUAAUAUACGUAUUCUUCAGCUUGUGCCAAACAUAGAGAACUUCCAAGCAAUGCUACGAUGUCUUAAGUUAUGGGCAAAGCGGCGAGGAGUGUAUGGUAAUUUACAUGGGUUUCUUGGAGGGAUCCACAUGGCAGUUCUUGCAGCUUAUGUUUGUCAGUUGCAUCCUAACGCAAGCAUAAAUAUUCUUAUUUCAAAGUUCUUUGAGACGUUUGCUCUUUGGCGCUGGCCCACACCAGUGAUGCUGCAAGAUGAGAUGGCACCAAUGGGUGUAGGUGUCAGUGAAGUGCAUUCCUUAAUGCCAAUUAUGUUACCCUGUAGCUCACGUGAAUACUGCCAUUCAAAUAUUACAAAAAGCACAUUCAACCGGAUCAGAUCAGAGCUUCUACGUGGACAUGCUAUGACCAGGGAUUUUCUAAGGCCAGAUUUUGCAUGGAGUACUCUUGUUGAGCAUUUUCAAUACACAAAGAAAUAUGUACGUUUUGUUCGGGUCUUCCUUUCUGCUUCAGAUCAAGAUGAGCUAGGAGAUUGGGUGGGUUGGGUGAAGUCACGCUUCCGUGUUCUUAUUCUAAAGGUGGAGGAGGCGCAGGGACUUUGUGAUCCCAAUCCUACAGAGUAUGUUGAUCCAGAUGUAGCAGAUCCAAAUGUUGUCUUCUACUGGGGAUUACAACCUGGACGGAGCAGAUUCACAGAUGUAGAUUAUGUUGAAGAAGAUUUUAUAAAAUCUAUCAAUCAUGGCUUUCAAGGUCCCCGUGGAAUUUUUGAACUGUCUAUUGUGGAAGCUUCUGCUCUAUCUAAGAAUGUCAAGAUCGAUUCUGGAACCGCCGAAGAACCUAAAGCAUGCUGGAGGAUGCCUGAAUACAACCGACAGAUGAAACCUAUAUAUUCACAGCAUAUGCCGCAUUACUUUGUUGGGUAUGUAGCCAAAACUGAAGAUAGGGGUUGAAUGGUUGGAUGUCUCAAGACCUUCCGGUUUGGGGUUUGAUUUGCUCGGGCUCCCUGCUAUUGGGGAUUCGUACUUUAUUGAUUGCAGUUUCAAAAUGGCAUUUUUUAGCUUCGUGAGGGAGAAACUAAAGACUAGGUUAACGCUUUAAGUCAAGAUGAGAGAGACCAUAGAAGGGGAGAGAGACCAGUUAACAAAAGGAUUAGGGCCCUUUUUUUGUGGGACCAAGUUAUAUCAAAUUGUAAAUGUUAUAUGUCUUUGAAAUUGUUUAUUUUUCCUCCCCUCAUCAAAGUUUUUUUUUUUUUUUUUGACUCGUCAAAGUUAAUGAACAUACAAAGAAGAAAUAUAUUGAUAUCAAAGAUUUUAGUAGA